CUAGGCGCCGCGGCCCCUGUUCUUCGCAAGCAGAGGCGGGCCUGGCCCGAGAAUGCGGCCGGCGGACGCCCCCCGCGGAAAGCCGCGCUCGCAAGCGAUGGCCACUGGUGCCGGUCGCUCUCGCUGCUCGGAGGGUGUGGUAGCGGAGAGGCAACGGAGGGUGGCCCCGCUAGCGGCAACUUCGCCGGCCGAGGCGGGAGAAGAGCCAUUCCUUAGGGGCAUCUUCGAGAUCAGCAAGAGGAGCUGCGACGUGGUGCUGAGCGCCCGGCGGCUCCGCUGGAGCCCCAUCCUGCCCGAGAGCCCCACAGGUGAUUCCAGUAUGCUCUUACAAGCACCAGAGGAGAUUAUUGAAAUGAAAGAUGUAUUUUCAGUAAAACUGAAACGUCGUCGUUUUGUGGGGCAAAAAAAAGGUGGUAUGUUGUUGGGUAUCACCAUUUUUAAGUGCUUGAAUAAAGAAGAGAAUAAACUGACAGACUGUGCCAUCCAUUUACAUAACUUAAGUGAAGAUCAUUGUCAUUCAUGGUUUAAGCAUCUAAAGGAAAUUUUGAAUGGCUUUCAAAAUAGACCCAAAUCCUUAAAGGUGUUUGUUAAUCCAAGGAGUCACAAAAGAGAAGCCACUCAUAUUUAUUAUGAACAAGUUUCACCUCUUUUUAAGCUUGCUGGCAUUAAAACUGAUGUCACCAUAACUGAAUAUGAAGGACAUGCUCUCUCAGUACUUAAAGACUGUGAACUGCAGGCAUUUGAUGGGGUAGUUUGUGUUGGUGGAGAUGGAUCUGUCAGUGAAGUUGCUCAUGGUCUUCUACUUAAAGCCCAGAUAGAUGCUGGAAAGGACACAGACUAUAUACCAAAGCCUGUCAAAGCACCAGUUCCUCUUGGAGUAAUACCAGCAGGUACUACUAAUAUUUUGGCCCACACUCUCUAUGGUGUUAAGCAUGCAGUGACUGCAACGUUGCACAUUGUAAUGGGACAUAUUCAACCAGUGGAUGUCUGUACUUUCAGUACUCCAAGCAAGCUGUUGCGAUUUGGGUUCUCAGCUAUGUUUGGUUUUGGUGCAAGGACUCUAGAGUUGGCUGAAAAGCACCGUUGGAUGCCCGCCAGUCAGCGGAAGGAUUUUGCUUUUCUCAAAACACUGGCAGAUCUUAAGCCAGAGGAAUGUGAAAUAUCAUUUGUACCAGUACAAAUUCCACAGGGAGACCAUCAUGAGAAUGACAGAAAGAAGAAAGUGAAAACCAAAAAAAAAGGUAGCAAGAAUCAAUGGCACAAAACUCAGGGUCACUUCCUGAAUGUGAGCAUUAUGGCAAUCCCUUGUCUGUGUUCAAUGGCACCAAGAGGCUUGGCACCUAAUACGAGAUUGUGCUGUUGCAUAGUCUGUGGACAUUCCUGGAGCAGUUGUUCAGUAGCCAGAGAACUGUUGAAUAAUGGAAGCAUGGCUCUUAUUCUCGUGCAAAAUACUUCUCGGACAGAGUUUAUCAAGCACCUGAAGAGAUACACUAGCGAAAGAAAUCAGUUUAAUUUUCCCUUUGUUGAGACCUACACGGUUCAAGAAGUAAAAGUACAACCAAGGCUUGGAAGUGGGCUUGAUGCCAAAGAAAAUAAAUGUAUGAAUGCUGCCUCUGCAGAACGGCAUCACCCUUGGAAUAUAGAUGGAGACCUACUGAAAGAAGCCUCGGAAGUUCACGUUCGGGUGCAUCCUCAACUGAUCAAUCUCUAUGGAGUGAACACUGAUGACCUGGAGCGUUCCCAAGCAACAUGCAAUUGCAUAUAGAAGGGAGGCACUGCAAGUUCUAUGUUAAAGAAUCCUUUUCUUACCUCUGUGCAGAGUUUUUCAAGGCCCCAGUUUUUCACUCGCUGAGUUCAGUUAUUGUGCUUAACUGGGUUGUUUAUAAACAUUUUAAACCAGAACUAUUAUAAAGUUAUAUAUUUUUAUCUGGCUGUAUUUAACUGUAAAGAAACUAUUGGGCCUAACAAGAAAAAAAUAAAUCUGAUUAUAUAUUGUUUCCUUAGUGAAACCUCACAUUUAUAGCAGAAGAAAAUGAUUUUCUGUAAUAUUAUUUUACCUACUGCUAUACAGUAUGAGAUAGUUGUAAGCCUGUGCUACCAGUACUAUGCUGCUCUCCUUGUCAGUUCAAGUAGAGUGAGUGAAUGGAGGUUUGGUGCAACCUCAUGGUGAAGAACAAUGUCAAAAACUAGAUAUAUUUUUUUAAUCAAGUACUUAAUUUGUAGUUACCAGUUUUACUCUUGCCUUAAUGUGUUUGCUUUCAAAUUGUUUGUAGUCAAAAAGUAGAACCAAACAAUAUGCUGCUGUUUUACGUGGCUUUUCCUGACUGAAAUGUAUUUUAAAGACUACUCUUUCCACAAAAGAAAUCUUUAAAAAUAUUUUAUCUACCCUAGAACUGAAAUGAUAUUCAGCCUAGUUGCUGAGAAUAAAGUAAUGAUAAAUGACUUA